AGGCUCUGCACGGCUGUCCUUGGCAGCAAAUCCAGUUGCAACAUCGGUGAGUGACGGGCGGCAAUCACAAAAAGGACUUGCAGCAGUUGCUUUUGCUGUUGCUGUUGCAACAAUGGCCAGUGGCAAUAAUGAAACUGCGCCGCUCUACUGCGGCAGCGGCAUGGAUAAUUUUCACACAAGCUACAAAAACAUGCAUGGCUAUGUGUCGCUGGUGGUCUGCAUCCUGGGCACCAUCGCGAAUACCUUGAAUAUCAUUGUGCUAACCCGACGCGAGAUGCGCUCCCCCACGAAUGCCAUACUCACGGGUCUGGCCGUGGCCGACCUGGCAGUUAUGCUGGAAUAUAUACCCUACACCAUACACGACUAUAUACUAACGGACAGCCUGCCGCGGGAGGAGAAGCUCAGCUACAGCUGGGCGUGCUUCAUCAAGUUCCACUCCAUUUUCGCACAGGUGCUGCACACCAUCUCCAUUUGGCUGACGGUGACGCUGGCUGUUUGGCGCUAUAUAGCGGUGGGUUAUCCCCAGAAGAAUCGCGUGUGGUGCGGCAUGAGAACCACCAUAAUAACGAUAACUACCGCGUAUGUGGUGUGUGUUCUGGUGGUAUCGCCGUCGCUGUAUUUGAUCACGGCUAUUACCGAGUAUGUGGAUCAGUUGGAUGCGAAUGGCAAGGUGAUGAACUCCAUUCCCAUGACCCAGUAUGUAAUUGAUUACCGUUAUGAGAUACUGAGUGCCAGGGCGGCUGCCCUGAAUGCCACGCCCACUAGUGCGCCACCUAACGAAACAGUGUGGUUGAAUGGGAGCUCGUUGCUGACAUCGACAACCACCUCGGCACCACCCACUCCAUCGCCAGUGGUGCGAAAUGUUACGGUCUAUAGGCUGUACCACAGCGAUUUGGCAUUGCAUAACGCCUCGCUGCAAAAUGCCACGUUUCUCAUAUACAGUGUAGUGAUUAAACUGAUACCCUGUAUAGCACUCACCAUUCUGUCAGUGCGACUAAUCCUGGCCUUAUUGGAGGCCAAGCAGCGGAGGAAGAAGCUCACCAGCAAGCCGGCUACUCCGGCUGCCAGUAAUGGAACCAAAUCGGCGGCGAAUGGAAAAGGCACGGAUAGGCCCAGAAAAAAUAGCAAAACUUUGGAAAAGGAAAAGCAGACGGAUCGCACCACGAGGAUGCUUCUGGCGGUGCUACUCCUCUUCCUCAUCACUGAAUUUCCACAAGGGAUUAUGGGUCUGCUGAAUGCCGUUCUCGGAGAUGUCUUCUAUCUGCAGUGCUACCUAAAACUGAGUGACCUAAUGGAUAUUUUGGCCUUGAUCAACUCCAGCAUCAAUUUCAUUCUGUACUGCUCCAUGAGCAAGCAGUUCCGCACCACAUUCACGCUGCUCUUUCGUCCGAAAUUCCUGGACAAGUGGCUGCCGGUGGCGCAGGACGAGAUGGCAGCUGCUCGAGCAGAGCGCUCUGCGGUGGCGCCUGUCCUCGAAAAGGGACGACAGCAGCCGCAGGUGGUGAUGGCCAGCACGACCACCAACAUCACACAGGUGACAAAUCUGUAGCACAGGAGGAGUCGUGGUCGCCGAACUUUGCUCAGUCGCCUGCUGAGUGUCCUGAAACGUGGCAGAAGGCGCUCCUCCGGCGGAGGGGGCGUGGCAGGAGGCGGUGGUCCUUUGGCCGGGAACGAUGCGGUGGAACCAGCAUUCC